CUACAACAACAACAAGUAGCAGCAACGAAUCAUAUUUGUAUUUUCACUCCGACAAUACAAAUUUGAUUUUAUAUUUCGCUGCAAUAACCGUGAAAUAGMAAAGUAACAACAACAACUAACGAAAUAAAAAACAAAAAUGUCGACAAAAAAGAAUGGUAAUGCCAUAACAACGGAAUUCCAAUUCCCUCAGCCGAAGGAGAAGCAGACCUGCAUGGAAAUUAUCUACAAUGGCAAAGAAGGCACCUACUUUGGACGUACACCCAAAAGUUGGGGUCAGCUGAUGCUGUUCUACACUAUUUUCUACAUCGUACUCGCCGGUUUAUUUGCGAUCUGCAUGCAAGGUCUAUUCGCCUCCCUGAGCGACAAAGAACCGACUUGGAAAUUGGAAAGAUCAUUGAUUGGAACAAAUCCCGGCUUAGGCUUUCGUCCACUGAGCGAUGAAACCGAACGCGGCUCGGUGAUACAAUUUGAUACAAAGAAGCCAGUCGAAGGCGCCUAUUGGACGGGUUUGGUGGAGCAGUUUCUUGAAAAAUACCGGAGCACUGGUGAGAAGAAAUUCUGUAAUUUCAAUCAGACAAAUGGCGCCAAUAAGGUGUGCGUUGUCAAUGUGGACAACUUUGGACCAUGCUCUAAAGAAACUGGUUACGGUUAUCAAAAUGGACGUCCUUGCAUUUUCUUGAAAUUGAACAAAAUUUUCAACUGGCUGCCGGAUUUCUAUGACAAAACACUGCCCGACGAAAUGCCUUCAGAUCUCAAAGAACACAUUGGCAAUUUAACUGAAAUUGAGCGUAAACAAAUUUGGGUAUCAUGCAAAGGUCUGCACCCCAUCGAUGAGGAGAGUAUUGGCGAAAUGAAAUACUAUCCCGGCCGUGGUUUCCCCACCUUCUACUAUCCAUACCUCAAUCAACCUGGCUACCUUAGUCCACUGAUUGCUGUACAAUUUGAAAAACUGAAACAGAAUCAACUAGUGAAUAUCGAGUGCCGCGCAUGGGCCAAGAAUGUCAUCUAUAGCGGUAGCUUAAAUGCAAGAACCGGUUCGGUUACUUUCCAGCUAUUCGUCGAUUAAAUGUUGCGAAGCUUGAUAUGCAAUACCAACAGCAACAAUAAGAAGCUACAAAAAAUACAUUUGUAAAAACAAAAACAACAGCGACUUGAAAAAUAUAAACAAACACUUGUGGGAAGAGAAGAGGAGAGAGAGAGAAGCAAAUUUGAAGGAAGAGAUGAGCGGUUGGAAGUGAAUAGUUGAAAACAGUUUGAAAUGCAGUAAUACGCUUAUAUAAUGCUUAUCUUUUUAACUCACCAAACAAAUGUUUCUUAGAAACGCAGAGCAAGCGAAGAAAAUAUUUUUAAAAGAGAGUCGCCAGAGUUGUUGCAGCGAACAUAUAGUAAUUAUUGAAGCGUUCAAAACCGUUAUAUUAUAUAGCAAAUAUAUUUGUAAACGAAAAAUAUGGCGUAGAAAAAGAAAUGUGGUAAACGAAUGUUACGUAUUUUUUUUAUAUUUUAAGUUAAAAAUAAAAUGUGCAAAAUUUGAAAAAUCGAGAAAUACUAAAACUAAAGAUUUUGUAAAAAAUUUAAAAAUCAGCAAACAAAACAAAAUAUUAUGUGUGAGCGCAAAAUAUAAAGAAAUGCAAUGCAAAAAAAAAUUCGGCUCAGAAAUGAAUUAAAAAGAAAUUGCGCAUGCGCGCUCACACUUAUACAACUCAACAAACACACACAGCAUUGUAUUGUACAAUUCACGUAAAAAUAUAUUUAUUUACUGUUUUAUGAAAUUACAAAUUUUAUAAACAACAAAAAUUGUAUUAAAACUCGCAUAAGCAAAAAAGUUCUUAAAAUCCUUAGAGUUGCAUAAAAAUUAGUAAUAAUUAUCUGUAGAUAAUUUUAAUAAACUUUACACGCAGUUGCAUGCUUUGUGUAUGCACAUUUGCGAGUUCCGUACCACACGCAUAUACACACAAACGUAACACAUACACAAAAACACAAAACCCAUACACAUAUACAAAAGCAAACACCAACAGCAGUGAGAGGCUGCUAAUGAAUAAAGUAAAUUUUUAAAUCCUAA